CAGUCGACCAAUGAGCGUCGGGCUGCUCUUUGUUGUUGGUGAUGACAGCAGAACGUUGUUGAUGCUGAGACUCAGACUGAGACUGAAGCUCCGGAGCCCCCCCCCCGGUCAGUGUCCCGGUCAGUGUCCCGGUCUGUGUCCCGGUCUGUGUCCCGCUACUUGCCCACAUCAUGUCCGUGAACAUGGACGAGCUGCGCCACCAGGUGAUGAUCAACCAGUUCGUCCUGACGGCGGGUUGCGCCGCGGACCAGGCGAAGCAGCUGCUCCAGGCGGCCCACUGGCAGUUCGAGACGGCCUUGAGCUCCUUCUUCCAGGAGGCCCACAUCCCCAGUCACCACCACCAGAUGAUGUGUACGCCCAGAAACACUCCGGCCACGCCCCCGAACUUCCCCGACGCCAUCACCAUGUUCUCCAAACUGCGAGCGUCUGAGUGCGGCCCCAGCGGCGGCAGCGGCCCCUCCCAGGCGUCCAUGGCCUGCUCCCCCCCGGCCCCCUCCUCCACGUCGGGGUUCGGCUCCUUCUGGGCGUCGUCCCCCCCCGGCCACCAGCCGGCCUGGCUGCCGCCCUCGUCGCCCACCGGCCACCACAUGCACCACCACCACUACCACCUGCAACAGACUCCCAUGUGGCCCCCGGUGUCCCAGCCCAGCGGCUCCCAGCAGCCCCCUGUCGUACCUGCACUCCACAGUCAGAGAUGAGGGGGGGAGGGGGGGCAGGACAAAAGAUUCUG